GGGAGCCGGAGCGAGAGAGAGAGAGAGAGAGAGAGUGAGAGAGAGUAGCGAGGAAGGGAGAAAGCUCAAGAAGAUGCAACUACUCUGCCACAGCAUCCUGACAGAUCGCUGAGCUUAGGGAUGCCAGAGGUAUCGACACAUGCUCUGUCACCACUUGUCCCGCAGAUUUUUGGUCCUCUUAUAAAUGAGACUUACAGAAUAACUUCCUCACAGCUCUGUGAGUCAAAGGUGCAUACAAAGCAACAGCUGGGCUGACUGAUCUGAAGCUCUGUGGAUCUCAGAGUCACCUGGACUUGAUCUCUCCUCGCUGACUGUGCAGCUGCUUGGGAUUGCAACUCUUAAUUUCUGCUCGUCCAGACUGCACCUCUGCGUUGUUGGAGGGAGCUAUUUUAAUCUUCCCAGCCUGCCCUAUUGUGUUCUAGAGAGGCAUCGCUCGGAGAAAGCUCCUACUGUAAAUGUGCGUCCCAGCGAGCGGCACUGGACUGUCACCCUCAAAGUCUCCAGCACCUGCCGAGGCCCCCUGGAAGCCACCUGCUGUGCCUCUGGGAUGGUGUGACCUCCAGCCAGCUGUUGGACGUCCCACAUCGGAGUCAAGAUGCCGGUGAUGAAGGGCCUCCUGGCCCCACAGAACACCUUCCUGGACACCAUCGCUACUCGAUUCGAUGGCACCCACAGUAAUUUCCUGCUGGGUAACGCCCAGGGCCACCGAGGCUACCCCAUUGUCUACUGCUCGGACGGCUUCUGUGAGCUGACGGGCUUCACUAGAACUGAGGUGAUGCAGAAGAACUGCAGCUGCCGCUUCCUGUAUGGCGCCGACACCAGCGAGCAUGUGGCCCAGCAGAUGGAGAAGGCUCUGGAGGGCCGAGAGGAGUACCAGGCCGAGGUCCACUUCUACAAGAAGAACGGCGUGGCCUUCUGGUGUCUGCUAGACAUCGUGCCCAUAAAGAACGAGAAGGGCGAAAUGGUUCUCUUCCUCUUCUCCUUCAAGGACAUCACCGACACCUACGGAAAGGGCCACCACAACAGCAAGAAGGAGGUUUCAGAAGACAAGAGGCGAAGGAGGAAGAGCAGCUCCCACUUCAGUGAGGCCAGAAAACAUGGACGAACCAUGUUGUACCAGCUGACCAGCCAGUUCUCCAGAGGAGGCAAACGAGAGGUCAACCUGGGUGGAAAUAUGAUGGACAAGCCGACGAUACCCGAGUACAAGGUGGCAGCAGUUCAAAAGUCCCGCUUCAUCCUGCUGCACUAUAGUGUGUCCAAAGCCCUGUGGGACUGGCUCAUCCUCCUGGCUACCUUCUACGUGGCGGUCACUGUGCCCUACAACGUCAGCUUCACGCCGCACGAUGACGCUGUGACAGCUGCACGCUCCACCAUCGUCAGUGACAUCGCCGUGGAAAUGCUUUUUAUUAUAGACAUCAUCCUGAACUUCCGCACCACCUACGUGAGCCAGUCAGGCCAGGUGGUGUAUGAGGCGCGCUCCAUUUGCAUUCACUACGCCACCACUUGGUUCUUUGUGGACCUGGUGGCCGCUCUGCCCUUUGACCUGCUGUAUGCCUUCAAUAUCACAGUGACGUCCUUGGUCCACCUGCUUAAGACCGUUCGCCUCCUCCGCCUCCUUCGUCUGCUUCAGAAGCUUGACCGCUACUCUCAGUACAGCGCCAUGGUGCUGACCUUACUAAUGUCUGUGUUUGCCCUGCUGGCACACUGGAUGGCUUGCAUCUGGUACAUGAUUGGACGCAGGGAAAUAGAGACCAAUGAGACCUGGGACAUAGGGUGGCUUCAUGAGCUGGGCAAACGUCUGGAUUCGCCCUACGUUAACAGCACAGUGGGCGGCCCGACGGUACGCAGCUCCUACAUCGCUGCUCUCUACUUCACCCUCAGCAGCCUGACCAGUGUGGGCUUUGGAAAUGUCUGUGCCAACACCGAUGCUGAGAAGAUCUUCUCCAUCUGCACCAUGCUCAUCGGCGCACUGAUGCACGCCGUCGUCUUUGGUAACGUCACAGCGAUCAUCCAGCGUAUGUAUUCAAGACGCUCCCUCUACCACACACGUAUGAAGGACCUGAAGGACUUCAUCCGUGUCCACCGUCUGCCUCAGCAGCUUAAACAACGCAUGCUGGAGUACUUCCAGACCACAUGGUCUGUCAACAAUGGUAUAGAUGCCAAUGAGCUCCUGCACGACUUCCCUGAUGAGCUGCGGGCCGACAUCGCCAUGCAUCUGAAUAAGGACAUCCUCCAGCUGCCGGUCUUUAAGGGGGCCAGUCGAGGCUGCCUGCGCUCACUCUCCCUUCAUAUAAAAACCUCCUUUUGUGUCCCUGGGGAGUACCUGAUCCGUCAGGGUGAUGCACUGCAUGCCAACUACUUCGUCUGCUCCGGUUCACUGGAGGUGCUGAAAGAUAGCAUGGUGCUGGCUAUAUUAGGAAAAGGAGACUUGAUUGGGUCUGACCUGCCUGGAACAGACCAGGUGAUCAAGACCAAUGCUGACGUGAAGGCGCUCACCUACUGUGACCUCCAGUACAUCAGUGUUCGUGGCCUCAGAGAGGUGCUGGAGCUCUACCCUGAAUAUGCCAGCGUGUUUGCCUCUGAUAUCCACAACAACCUCACCUAUAACCUGCGUGAAGGCAGCCAGGAUGAGGGCCUCAGAAGAUUUUCAAGGUCACCCAGACUUCCCCAUGAAUCCAGGCUGCCCUCUAUUGUGGAAACCAAGGGCGACGACUCUGAUGACUCCUUCCACCUCUCUCCGGCGACUCGCUCCCGUCGUAACCUCCUGCUGCCAAACUUCACCAGCCCUGUUCGCCGCACCUCCUUAGGGAAUCUCCUGGGGGACGAGUUGAGGCAGUUCAACGCCCUGCGACGCUGCCGUUCACCAAACCUCAGCCGUGGCUUUCACGGGCAGAGCUCAUCCCCUCAGCCGCCGCCGAAAAAAGAGCACAGCACUCCUACUUCAACCCCAGCCUCAACUUCAGCCCAGGGAGAGUCAGGAGCUGAGCAGAAGCCUUCAAAGCUGCUCAUCCCAACUGUCACCUGUUUUGGACCCCCAGAUCUUAGUCCCAGGGUUGUAGAUGGCAUCGAAGACAACGGGCACACGUUCCAUUUCAACGUGGAGCACCGCGGGCCCAACGCCAGCGCAGGCGGCAGCACCCAAGACUCCACACAGGCUAAUGCCACUCUGCUGCUGGAGACGGAGGAGGUCAGGCAGAGCAUCAGUCAACUCAACCUGAAGAUGGGCGCAUUAAACCAGGAAGUAUCUGAGCUUACCAAGGGCCUGCACCACAUGCUGCAUCUCCUCCAGGCUCAUGUGUCUGUACAUCACUACCAAGCCUCUUUCCCCUCCUAUCCUUAUGGUGUGCAAAUGGUGUCCAACCCUCCCACAGCCUCCAACACUGGCCUGCCUUUCAACUCGUCCUACCACCUCCACAACGACCCUGGGAGCCACAAAGGCCACAGCCACCAAAGUGCCCCAGCUGCUGGCCGGUGGAGCUACAGUGGAACUGCUGAAACCCAAACAGACAGUUCUCCACCAGUGAACUCCUGUCCGCCGCUCUCUCUAAACUCUGCACCGAAGUUAGGUCAAUGCUCUGAGAGCACAACCACACAUCUGUGGACCAGCCCGUCUCUUCUCAACAUCAGUCCAGGCUUCCAGGGUGGAAGUUCAGGCCUCACACGUCAUGCUGGGCAGGAAGACUCAGAAAACAGACCUCUCAGUGCUAGUCCCACCACCAUCAGCCAGUCCCAGCCCACUCUGUGCCUGCAGCCUUGCAGUGAUAAUGACGAAUUCUCUUGCCUUUUGUCCAACGCCCCUACAGGUUCAUCUACACACAGCCUGCUGGGCCCUUCACCCACUUCGUACUCCCAUCUCAAUCUUCCACCAGCCUCAAAUGAGGCCAUUUGUGUUCUGAUGUCCACCCCGCCAUCUCAUAAUCUGAUCCAGGACACUUCUCUUUUCCAAAUCGAGGACUCACACCCGUCUACCCACCCCAUCUCUGCCUCUCUACCCAUAUUACCCUGCCAGCCUUCUGCCUCUUCUCUGGAUUCAGGUUCACCACAAUCAGAUGUUCUUGAGGCCCACCUCCCUCUGGGCAACCCGUCUGCCAUAGAACACACCAGUUUGGAGUGCCUGCUGGGGAAUGGGGGCUCCAUGGAGAGCCGGGACAGUGAAAGCGCGUCAUCCCGACGCUCCAGCAUUGGCGUCCAAACUCAGAGCACAGAGCAAUCGUGGUGUCUGGACCUCACAGAUUGAAGUGUUUCAGGGGAAAAAGCAGCACUGGACAAGUAACUCAAACUACAACUUCUUACAGUGUUACAGGAGACUCUGCUAGAGAGUGUCAGCGUGCUCUGUUUCCCCUUUAUAACUCCUGGGCUCUCUUAUUUGUCAAACUCCAACUAAUUUACACCAUUUCUAUGCAAAAGCAUGUCAUUUGUGCAUUAUCUUGGCUUAACUGAAGUGUGUCUUUAAAAAAAACCCUCCACAGCAGUGGGUUCCGGUAUAUAAUGUAUAUUUUUUGCAACAUCCUCAGAGCAAUUUGCAGUUGAUAAUACCUGUUACCUCCUUGCAUGGUAAAGUUAUUUAUUCUUUUUCCUAAGGAAAAGGUUUCCAAAUUAAUGUGUAAGCAUUCUACGUGACAACCUGUUGAUUGUGUACGCAGGUACUGUAUUUAUAUGGCAGACUGAUCGGAGGAGUCGGAUGUUUUAUUAUAUGGAGGAACACAAACGCCACAUGCUUCACUUUGCAUGUCGGGAAUGGAACAUGUGCAUCACACAGCAUCGAUUGUUUGUCGUUUUUCAUUGAAUGUUUUUCUCAGUUUAGCAUUUUUUAUUUGUGAAUUCAUAAUUUUUGGACUUUCCAAACUCCACCCAGCAGUACACAUAGCAUAACUUAAGACUAUAAUUAUAAUUCCAUUGAACAUCUCCUUUUUAUGUUCUCCUCAAGACAUUUUAGAAAACUUCCCAUUCUUUCCUCAUCAAUGCAUCAAAUAUAAUACUGUUAAAUAAUCUUAACUGCUCUCUCUUCAACAAAAUUUGCUCAAGCAUCUACUAUAAACACCUCAUAGCUGCUAAUAAAUUAAACGUAAAUAAAUAAAUAAAUAAACGUAUUUAGCUAAAAAAAAAGAGGCUCCCAUGAAAUAUUAAAAUCUGUUAUUAAUUCACAAAUGAAUGCCUCUGAGGAAAAACAUGAACUCACAAUACUCAUACGAUAUUCAGAGUAUUCAGGAACUUUAUUCUUUUUGAAUGAUUUCUCCUUGGCUGACAAAAUAAAUGCAGAAAACGUA